AUGCCGUUCGCUGCAAUAGACCGAGAACAAUUCCCACCUACUCGUCUCUCUUGUCGCCUGUGGGACCUCGUUGUCCCUUCCAAACACCUACUUUUCACUUUUCCUUUCUUCAGAAGACCCAGCACUGCCCUUCCUAAGCAAAAAAAUCAAAAAAAUCGACGUGUUUCUGAUCCGGCGGAAAUAUAUAAAUUAAGCCGAAAUCGGCUUUUUUUUUUUUUUUUUUUUUUUUUUUUUUUUUUUUUCUUUUUUUUUUUUUCUUUUUCUUUUCUUCUUUCUCUCUUUUUUCUUUUUCUCUUCUCUUUUUUCUCUUUUUCUUUCUUUUUUCUUCUCUUUUUUUUUUUUCUCUUUUUUCUCUUUUCUUUUUUUCUUUUCUCUUUUUCUCUUUCUUUUUUUCUUCUUUUUCUCUUCUCUUUUUCUCUUCUCUUUUCUCUUCUCUUUUUUCUUUCUCUUUUUUUCUUCUCUUUUUUUUUCUUCUCUUUUUUUCUCUCUUUUCUCUUCUCUUUUUUCUUCUUUUUUUUUCUUUUUUCUUCUCUUUUUCUAAAAUUUUUCUCUUCUUUUUUCUCUUCUCUUUUUCUUCUUUUUUUCUUCUCUUUUUCUCUUCUUUUUCUCUUCUCUUUUUUUUUCUCUUUUCUUCUCUUUUUUUUUCUCUUUUUUUUUUCUCUUUCUCUUCUCUUUUUUCUUCUCUUUUUUCUCUUCUUUUUCUCUUCUUUUUUCUCUUCUCUUUUUCUCUUCUCUUUUUUCUUCUUUUUUUCUUCUCUUUUUCUUUCUUCUCUUUUUCUCUUCUCUUUUUCUUUUCUCUUUUUCUCUUUUUUUUUCUCUUCUUUUUCUCUCUUUUUUUCUUCUCUUUUUUUUUUUUUUCUUUCUCUUUUUUUUUCUUUUCUUCUCUUUUUUCUCUUCUUUUUUUUUUCUCUUUUUUUCUCUUCUUUUUUUUUUUUCUCUUUUUUCUUCUUUUUUCUCUUUUUUUCUCUUCUCUUUUUUCUCUUUUUUUUCUUUCUUUUUUCUCUUCUCUUUUUUUCUCUUCUCUUUUUCUCUUCUCUUUUUUUUUUCUCUUUCUUUUUUCUCUUCUCUUUUUUUCUCUUCUCUUUUUUCUCUUCUUUUUUUUUUUUUUUUUUCUCUUCUCUUUUUUCUCUUUUUUUUCUCCUUUUUUUUUUUUUUUUUUCUUCUUUUUUUUUUCUCUUUUCUCUUUCUUUUUUUUUUUCUCUUUUUCUCUUCUCUUUUUUCUCUUUUUCUCUUUUUUUCUCUUCUCUUUUUCUCUUCUUUUUUUUCUCUUCUCUUUUUCUCUUUCUUUUUUCUCUUCUCUUUUUCUCUUCUCUUUUUUUCUUUUUCUCUUUUUCUUUUCUUUUUCUCUUCUCUUUUUCUCUUCUCUUUUUUCUCUUCUCUUUUUUCUCUUCUCUUUUUUCUCUUUUCUUUUAA